CAAAAGAAUAUCCACCGAUUGGUGACGAAAAAUCAUGAAUAAAUCUCCAUUCCACGAGGAUUUUAUAGAAUUCAACUGGCGAGACUGAAGAAGACUCUACACCUGCAGAGAGAGGAGAUAUACCAGAAAAUGGCGAGGGUUGACAAUAUUUCAGAAUUCGAGGGAUUAAAAUCGGGGGAGGAAAACAGUGGCUUUUCCAGGGGCGAUGAAAAUUCAGGAUUAGCUGCGCGCAUUCAGGAUCUCUGUCCAGCUGAUAGGAGAAGCAUCGGCAGGCUCGUGACGAAAUUAGCGGAAUGUCUUCAAGCCAAAGACGGAUUGGAGAUCGAUUUGGCUGAGGCGAGAGCUGAAAAUGAGGCGUUGAUCAAUCGUUAUGAGAUUUUUUAUAAUCAACAGCUGGAGGAAAAGGAGAAAAUCAGGUCUCAGCUUGCAGAGAAGACUGAACGGUUGGAUAAAUUCACCCUUCGAACCGCUAAUGCAUUCAGACUUUUGGGGGAUCAGAUGAAAAUCCAGGAAAAGGAGUAUCUCAAGCUCACUGAUAUGGUGAAAGAACUUCUCCACACAAAAUUGCGGUUGGAAAAUGCUGUGGUCGAUCGAGACAGGAAAAUUCGCCUCAUCGAGACGAAAAAUCAGUAGAUUCGGAGAAUUUUUAUUCUCAAAAAACACGAGGAAAUCCCCCACAAAUGUCAGAGGAUAAUACAAAA